AUGGCAAAAGACUUAUAUGUUUUAAGCGUAAAAUUUUUUUCUAUGACAAGAAAUAAAGUUCGCAACAAUGUUUCAGUUCAUUAGGAAAUUUUGAAUCUAUACAGCAAGUAAAUGAUUCUAAUAAAUGGGAUGAUAUCAAAUAAUCAAGACAAGACCUAAUGAAAAAAUAUCAUCAAUUCAAAACGAACGAAGUUAAAUAAUCAACUUUGUCAACCUAUUAAUCUUAAAAGGUAAUAAAACCUUAAUUGAAGGUUCUCAUUCCAAAGUUUGAUAAUUUUGACAUGAAACUAAAUAUCAAGAGGGAUACUGGAAUAAAGAAUAAAGACAAAGAAAAUAUUACAAGUUCACAAUAUAAACAACAAGAAAGACCAGGAUCAAACAGCUAGAGAAUCAGACAAGAAUCAGUAUAUGAUAGGUAUAAGACAAUAUAAAAAUAGACUAUAUAAUUUGAGAGAUUCUGAAAAUAAAGGGACAAAAGUAGUUCAAAAAAACCUAAAUUCGAAUACUAAUCAUUCAUAAAAAUAAUCAAAGUUAAUUUUGGGUCACAAUAUUUUAAUUCAAAAGCGAUCCUCAGAUCCAUCAAUUUUGAUGCCUAUUUCAUCUUUGAUUAAGAAAACUCAAAAGCACUAAUUAGAUUAACAACAAGACCAAAAAAGUACAUAAGCUCAAAUUGAUAAUCAAUAAAAUAAUUUUAAAGAUCUUUAGAAAGUCAAUGUCAGUAGACAGUAAGCUUGCCAUCCUGAAAAAAAUGAGAGUAGUAUAUAAAACUAGUCAGCAGCAGUUCAGAGUAAUUUAAAUUCUUAGUAAAUACCAAUAAAACAUUGUUAUUUUUCUUUGGUAAAUGUUGAAGAGAGUAAAUAAAUUGAUUUAAGUAGGGUUCUAAAAUAAAAAAGUGAGAUCCUUAAGUAGUGAGAAAAAUAAAACAAAUUAAAGCUGUAAAUCAUCAAAGGGUAAUCGUGCACACACCUAAGGAAAGUAGGAAGUUAAAAAUUAAUAAAAAAUCAAUAGACUUUAUGAAUAUAUUUUAGAAGGAAAUUACUGA